AUGUCUACAUCCAGUGGGAGAGAUUAUCAGGUGAUUGUAGCUGAUGAAAACAUCUUGGAUCCGAGACCCUGUCAUCUCUUCAUCCAUCCCACAAGAUGUAGACAGACGAGAUCUGAGAUGUUGUCUUCCGACCAUCUCUCCCUAGGGAUAUGGUGUUUUGGGAACAAGAAACAUACUUUCACAGGUGUCCAACAAACAAUUUCUGAAGAAUCACUGCCCAUCAAAGCAGAAACCUCUGGACUAACACAGACUUUGCGUCGACACACUCAACGUCAUGCAUGUUCUUCGCUUGGGUUCUAUGAUGACGAAACCCAUCAACUUAGUAACAUACUUGGCAAUAAAAGCUAUCUUCGUAACAUCUAUGUCUCUGAAAGAUACCGAACAUUCAUCUGUCUUAUCCCGAAAGCUAGCAGCAACAACUGGGUUAGAGCUCUCUUGACGCUAGAGGGCGUGAUCAACUCAACGAAUACCAUGAGUCCGCGAGAGAUUUCAUGGGCAGCCCAAAAGCACCUCCGCGUUCUCGGGCAGUUUCGCCAGAACGAGCGGAUUCGUAUAUUACGCAACUACACGUCCGUCAUAUUCGUACGCAAUCCGUAUACCCGUCUUUUAUCUGCAUUCCGCGACAGACUCGAGGCCUACCCGAAUCGGAAUCCGACUCAUCGAAGAAUUCACAACCCGAAUAUCCACCGGAAGUUUGGGAACCAUUCUCCGGCUGAGAUGCCCGAUCCGUCCACACCGGGAGAGAGAUACAACGUCACCUUCAAGGAAUUCGUGGACUAUUAUCUCAGUGGAAUCACAGAUGUCCAUUGGCGUGAGCAAUACAAAGUUUGCCCACCGUGCCUGGAUUAUGAUUACAUCGGCAAAAUGGAAUCAUUCUCAGAGGAUUUUGAUCAGGCCGUAAAGAUAUUCAAUGCCUCUUCAAAUGUAUUACUUAUUACAGCUGCACAUGCGACAAAUAGUUCCAAGGACGCCAUCUUAAGAAAGUAUUAUGAAACACUUUCGGAUCUUCAAAUGGAACAGCUCGGAUUGCUGUUAAGUUCGGAUAUGUCGCUGUUCGGUUAUCUUAUUCCAGGAGUAAUUCAGAGAAACAAAUUUUAAUACUAUAGUUCAGUUUUCAGUUUGGUUUAUUUCAUUUCAACUCAAAUCAAUUUUAACAGCAAAAGAAAUCAUUACAAAGAUAUAAAUGAAUAUGCAAGUAUAUACAGUAUGACAAUGUGGCAUAUAUAAGUAAAUAUAUACAAUAGACACGGAACAAUAUAAUCAUUAUAUAAUCUUUACUAUUUAAAUAAAUGUUGAGGAAAUGGAGGGAUCCACUAAAAAGCAGGGCUUGUUGAGUGUGGAUUCCUCAAAGAAUAAGUUAAAAGACAGGUUUGUAGGUAUAAGUAUAAAUGCAAGAACGAGAAAAAAAAUCGUAAGAAAGCUAUUGUGAUGGAAUACAGAAAUGAUGGAUGAAAGUGAAAAGAUAGAUAACCGAGAAGAAAGACUGGUGCACCUGUGUGGAUGAAAGAGAAUGAAGGGGGGGGGAAUAAGGGUGAUGGCAGAUGAAAGGGAAGGACAUAGAGGAAAGAAGAGAGAGAGAAAGAGAGAAGUUGGGUCCUGAGCGCUCAAUUUGGACUUACUCUAUAAGAUUCGAGAAUGUGCUUUUUUAGCUUGAUUUUAAAGCAGUUCAGACUAACGGAGUUAAUGAUGUCGUGACUGAGUGUAUUCCAGUAUUUAGGACCGUAAAAGGAAAUUGUUUUUUGUGCGAGUUGAGUGCGGGUACGGGGAAGGUGAAAACGGAGUGAUUGUCUUGUUGGGUAAUUGUGAAUGGCGUUAUUUUUUGUAAACAUGUUAAUUAAUAUGUUUGGCAGUUCGUUUGAAUUCAAUUUGUACAUAAAUUGCCCUGUUUGAAAAAGAAAUAGAUCUGGAAGUUUUAAAAUAUUGGACUUGUAAAAUAAAUUGUUAGUAUGAGAACGAGGAGGAGCAUUAUGUAUAAUUCUUAUAAUGUUCUUUUGUAAGAUGAGAAUUUUGUCUGUAAGAUAUUUGUUGGCGUUACCCCAUGUCAUUAUUCCAUAAUUCAGAUAGGGAAGUAUUAGGGAGGAAUAUAGUGUAAAAAGUGUUGAUUUUGGAAAAAAGUGUCUUAUUUUAUUCAUUAUACCAAUGUUCCUUGAUAUAGUUUUGGAUAUAUUUUGAAUAUGAAUGUUCCAUUUCAAUUUAUCGUCAAUCAUGAGACCUAAAAAUUUAGUUGAAGAGACCCUAUUUAGAGCAGUAUCAUCCAAAAGGAUGUCUCCAAGUAGAUUUUGCAAAGUGUUACUAAAUAACAUAAAGUUUGUCUUCAGGAUGUUAAGGGAUAAUUUGUUUGCUUUAACCCAUUCAACUACAUGUCUCAGUUCACGAUUUAUAGUAGACAAUAGUGUGUUUUGGUUCGCAUGGGAAGAAAAUAAGGUCGAAUCGUCUGCAAAUAAAAUGAAAGAUAGAACAUCUGAAGAUGUAUAAAAGUCAUUUAUGUAUAUUAUAAAUAACAAGGGACCUAGUAUACUACCCUGUGGAACUCCACAAUUUAUUGGUCGCAAUGCAGAACUGUGAUUAUCUAUUUGUACAAAUUGUUUUCUAUUCGAUAAAUAAUUCCUGAACCAUUCCAAGGCUUUCCCUCUAACACCAUAGUGUGACAACUUUACUAAUAGGAUAUCAUGGUUAAUUGUAUCGAAAGCCUUGGAAAAGUCCAGGAAUAUUGCAAUUGUAUGUAAAUGUUGAUCAACGGCAUGUGAUAAUGUAUCGAUGCAUUUCAAUACCGCUUGAGUUGUAUUGUGAUUUGCUCGAAAGCCAAACUGUGAUUCGCAAAAAAUAUUAUGUUUGUUUAAGAAGUCUGUUACUCUAAUAAAUACGAUCCUUUCCAAAACUUUGGAUAAGGAUGGUAACAGUGA